UGCUAAAUUAGGAUUGGGGUCGCUAUCCAAACCGUACCGGUUUAGGGCCGGUUUAUUGGUCGACGGUUCAGGCAUGGUAUUUAAACACUUCCAAGGAGGUCUCGACAGCUGCUGUGUCUUCCGCUUCCAGUGCUGACUUCGCUGUCUCGCCGAGGUGGCAAGCGGAGGCGCCAGACCGAGCCAUGGCGUACGCUCUACGUUCGAUCGCUGUGCCAAAUUGCCCAUAAAGAUCGAGCGAGAUAUGCCAUGGAGUCGCUACCGAUGCUCCCCGAGAUACUUUGCUGAAUCUGGAUUCAAGUUGGAUUUUGGGAGUGGGAGAAGUCAAAAAGAUCCGAUCUUUGAGGCUGGACAUGGACAGGCACAGGUGCCGGAUCUGCUUCCGGCGAUUCUCUAAUGGCCGCGCCCUCGGCGGCCACAUGCGCUCUCACGUCGUUAAUGCUUCCACCGCCGCUGCCGCCGGGCCCGGGCAUCGGAGGCCGAAGCCCCCCUCGCUAUCCGGAUUAUCGUCGUCUUUCUUGGAGGCGACUACGUAUGAGUUCCCCAGGCGCCGAAGCUUCCGCGCCGUGGAUCCGGAGUUUUCUUCUUCUGUUGCCGUGGCAGAGAGCGGCGGUGCUGGAUCCUCCUAUGUCGGAGAGAGCGAGGCGGAUUCGUCGUCUUUCCGACGGCGGCUGGUUCGUCCUCGACGAACUGAAGGUUUCUCCGAUGAGGCCGAGCGGCUCAGCUCCGUCUCCGAUGGCGCUCGUGAAGAAGACGUCGCGCUCUGCCUCAUGUUGCUCUCGCGUGACACUUGGUCCAAAUCGAAAAUGGAGCGCCGCCAAUCCCUUGAUGAUGAGGAAAAAGAGGACGUAGACGACGAGUUGACGCUUCUCGCCGCCGGUAAAUCGUGCACGAAGAGGACCAAAUACCAGUGCGUCACUUGCCGGAAGUUCUUCAAAUCGUAUCAAGCGCUCAGCGGUCACCGGGCGAACCAAAAAAAUGAAGGAACAGAGUGCACCCCGACCACCACCGGAGUCCGAAUCCACGGCAGUGGCCUGAGGCCCACCACCACCAACACCGCCAAGCUCUAUCAGUGCCCUUACUGCUCAAGGACCUUCAUCUCCGGCCAGGCCCUCGGCGGCCAUAAAAGAUCCCAUCUCGCGACCGCCGCCACUACGUCGCCGGCUCCCCUCAGCAUCAAAGAUGAUGGCUUCAUAGACCUCAAUCAGCCAGCGCUAUUCGAGGAAGAAACCGAGCUCUCCGCCCUCUCUGUCGCCACUGAGAUCGCAUCGAAGUGAACUCCUUCGGAUCCCAAAGACGCCAUUUUGAACAACAUUAAAGGUAAAUUCUUCUCUAUUAAGCAUAAAUCUCAUCUUUUGUGAGGAAAAAAACUUGAAACAGAAUUUGAUUCUUUGUAAUAGAACUGUAAUUUUGCUGGUUGCUUAGGAUCUUGUUCCUUGGUUC